GUCCUGUUAUUUAAUGUUUUAGCUUGAUUUGUCUUCGAAAGUGUGGCGUGAGCCACUGACCCAAUGAUACUCAGUCCUGUAGCUGUGAGGCGUAGGGACAGUUUGUCCGCAUAGAGAAUACAGCACGGGGUGUUCCGUAUCGCCCGAGGUACCAGUCCGACCGCGAGUCGAACUGGCCCGAUCGGUGCACAGAAAUUUCUCAACCUCUGGCGGCCAUCGGCCAUUCUAGUCUGGUCAGCUUGGCCGCCGUCUCUUCGGACCACUUUUGACAUCGCUGCUCCAUGCUGGGUGGAGACGCCCCCUCCCCCCGCGGCCGCACACCCUCCGCCUUUCCUUGUAGAACCGCAUUUGACGGAGUUCCUUUCGUUCCGGAUACGUGCCCGAACCACCGCAGCUACUUUUUUUAACCAUAUGGACAAGAUGUCGGACAGUGCCAGGCGAACGACGCGCAGACUCGUACAUAACAGUAGGUGGACGGAAGAGUCCUGACACAUCACGCAGCUUAUGAAUUAUCUAAUUGGUUCGACGAUUCUCCAUAAAAAGAUGGCCAGGACAACGACAGUGAGCAAAGACAAGCCGACAGCAACCCACAGCGAUCUAGAAACGACAGAUCCAGGCGGAGUCAGUCCUACGAAGACCUACUUUAACUGGCUGACAUCUGGUGCAGGCGUGCUCUACGCUCUCCUGCAUACCCUGCUAGCAGCCUUCGCCGCUCAGUUCAUGGCGUUGAGCAGCAAAGCAGGCAUGCCCGUGCUGCAGUUGGUGUUCCUCGCCCAACUUCUGCAAUUCAUCUUUGUCCUCGUCAUGACGCCCUUGUUUAGACCAAGACUGACGACGGAAGGCCGACGACAGACUGUGUUCCUGACACUGUCGGCGGUUACGAACAACGUCGCCGUCACCUUAGAGUACAUGUCCUUCCACAUCGUGCUCCCCGGGAUUGCCUUCGGAAUCAUCAAAGGAUCUCUGCCGUUGGUCACCGCUUGUAUCGGAUAUUUGGUCCUUCGGGAGACCGUGGGCGCCGUGGAUUGUCUCGGAAUCGCUCUCAGCGUGGCCGGGGUUAUAUUGGUGGCAGUGGAAAUGAUGACGGAUCCGGACAACGACACUUGGUCGACAGAGCGUCUGGCGACGUCGAUUUUCUUGCCGCUCGCAGCGACGUUCGCUGGAAGGGGUCCGAACGCCGUCGUCGAACGGUCGCUCGUCGGCCUACAGGGUGUCUCCGUCCUGACGAUAAAUUUUUACGGCAGCCUGUUGGGGACGGUGGUGCUGCUUGGUCUGACGUACGCGCUAGAGACGCCGCGUUGGACGAUGUCCGCGCAGACGAUGGGUUACGUUAUAGGACUGUGCGUGUGCGACUGCGGUCAGACGUUUGCCGCAGAACUGGCGCUGAGAACGGAAAAAGCGGGAAUCGUGGCCGCCAUUCAAACCUUCACCGUCCCUCUUGCAGUAUUGUUGGACUACCUCAUUCAUCGGGAGGUCCCCAGUCUUCUCAUGUGUGGCGGUGUUGUACUCGUAGUGGCAGGUACCGGGGUAGUGGCAGUGUAUACAUGGCGGGGGCGUCAACGAGACAUUCUUCGCAAGAAUUUCCUGGACAGUUUAAACUUUGGUAAAUGAAUCAGAAACAGCAUUUGCUUCAAACGUAUAGCUGUAUAAUGCCAACACUGAGUAAAUUGGGACUUACCCAAAUUU